AUGGUCAAGAAGUUGGUCCUCAUUCGUCACGGUUCCUCUGAAUGGAACGAAAAGAACUUGUUCACCGGUUGGGUCGAUGUCAAAUUGAGUGAAACCGGUAAGAAAGAAGCCGCUAACGCUGGUAAAUUGUUGGCCGAAUCCGGUAUCAAGCCAGACAUCUUGUUCACCUCAAGAUUGUCCAGAGCCAUCCAAACCGCUAACCUUGCUUUGGAACGUGCUGACCGUCUUUUCAUCGACGUUGAAAGAUCCUGGAGAUUGAACGAACGUCAUUACGGUGAUUUGCAAGGUAAGAACAAGGCCGAUGCUUUGGAAAAAUUCGGUCCAGAAUUGUUCAAGACUUACAGAAGAUCUUACGAUAUUCCACCACCAGUGAUUGCCGAUGACUCUGAUUUCUCCCAAGCUAACGAUGAAAGAUACGCCGAUUUGGACCCAUCCGCCUUGCCAAAGACUGAAUCUUUGAAGUUGGUCAUCGACAGAAUGUUGCCAUUCUGGCAAGACAGAAUUGCCAAGGAAUUGAUCCAAGACAAGACUGUUUUGGUCGUGGCCCAUGGUAACUCCUUGAGAGGUUUGUACAAGCAUUUGACCGGAAUGUCAGAUGAUUCCAUCACCGAAUUCAACAUUCCAACUGGUAUCCCAUUGGUUUUUGAAUUGGACGACAACUUGAAGCCAGUUAAGGAACCAUACUACUUGGACCCAGAAGCUGCUGCUGCCGGUGCUGCUGCCGUUGCUGCCCAAGGUCAAAAGAAAUAA